AUGCGGGGGUCUGACGCGCGGAGAUCAGCUGGUCGUAACUCGGCCGGUCCACGACCCCAGGGGGUGAACGACAUUCGACGAUACGUAGACAUACAGUUGGCGGCUCAAGGUCUUAUCAAAGUAUCAAUAGCGUUCAAGUCACGCACACCGCUCGGUGAUAUAUUUGGUGACAUUGAACCGAGUCCAUUGCCAACGACCUCACUCCUCGGGGAAGCUCCGCGGUUUGCGUAA